UUCAUCAGGUUGUCGUUGAGAGUCCAUUACUUCUUUCUCAUAAAUUUGGGGAAUUUGGGAUGGCUCAAGUUGAUAUGUUGUGCUUCGUGUUAUUAACUAACCUUGUUGUGAUUUUGUCCGGUGGGUACCAACAAAACUGUCCACGCUCCUUUAAUUGUGGGAACAUUGGGCCUUUCCAUUACCCUUUCACCAAAGCAGAACAACCACUCUGUGGCUUGCUACCAAUACAUAACUGUGAUGGUGAUUAUUAUUCACCCAGAAAUAUCCAACUGGAGAUGAAUGGAAAAAGCAAAGUGCUUAAUGUUACGGGCAUCGUUCUGCCAAAUAAGAUUACCCUUUUAGAUGAAGAUCUUCACCAGCGGUUGAAAGACCAAACUUGUGAAACAUUGAACAAUAAUUAUACUCUUUCAUCCCCUUCUCCUUUGUUUUCUGUUUAUAUCAAAUGGAACGUGACACUCUUCCGAUGCAAACACGACCUCAAUAUCAAGCCCCCUGUAAGUUAUCUUCAACACAAAUGCGAUGAUCUCGAUUUCGAUAUCUAUUAUGAUGGCAGUCUCUCUCCUAAUUAUACUAAUGAGGAGGAGGUCCAUAGAUUUUUCUCAUCAUGUUCAGCUCUUCAGUUUCCAAGUAAAGACCUCUCUGACACCAAAGACAUUCAAUCGUUUGUAUCUAGCCAGAUGGUUGUUGAAAUAGUAUUAUCUCAUGAUUGUGAUGAGUGCUGCCAUCACAAUCGAGGCCAAUGUCGCCUUGACACCAAUAAAAGUUUCUACUGUGACCAAGAACCAGAUAGUACAAAUUUAAAGCUGCUACUCGGACUUGGGAUAGGUUUAAGUUUUACACUGCUAUGCAUUCUGAUAAUUGGAUACUUCUUGAAACGAAAACAUGCUACUUCAGACCCCCAACACCACCAAUCAAGAAGCACACAUACUGAUGUAAUUGAUCCCCACUCAAAUCCAGACCCAGAAGAUGGCAGAGUUUACUUUGGAAUCCCUCUCUUCUCUUACAAGGAGCUAGAAGAAGCUACAAAUAAUUUCCACCCGGCCAGACAAAUUGGAAGUGGAGGCUUUGGAACAGUUUACUAUGGAAAACUGCGAGAUGGACGGGAAGUUGCUGUCAAGCGCUUAUAUGAGCACAACUACAGGAGAGUAGAACAGUUCAUAAAUGAAGUUGAGAUCCUCACACGUUUGCGUCACAUAAAUCUUGUGUCCCUCUAUGGCUGCACUUCACAUCACAGUCAAGAACUACUGCUUGUGUAUGAAUAUGUUCCAAAUGGAACUGUUGCUUGUCAUCUUCAUGGGGAUUUAGCAAGGUCUGGCACACUGCCUUGGCAUGCAAGAAUGAAAAUUGCCAUAGAGACAGCAAGCUCAUUGGCUUAUCUACAUGCUUCUGACAUCAUACACCGUGAUGUGAAAACUAAAAACCUUCUCCUUACCCACAGUUUCAGUGUUAAAGUUGCAGACUUUGGCCUUUCAAAGUUACUUCCCAGCGAUGUCACCCAUGCCUCCACAGCACCACAAGGGACCCCGGGUUACGUUGACCCGGAAUAUCACCAAUGCUACCAGCUUAGUAGCAAGAGUGAUGUAUAUAGUUUUGGAGUUGUGCUCAUUGAACUAAUAUCAUCUAAGCCUGCUGUUGACAUGAGUAGGCAUAGGGAUGAGAUUAACUUGUCAAACCUGGCCAUAAAGAAGAUUCAAAAAAGUGCUUUCAGUGAGCUGGUAGAUCCUUCUCUUGGUUUUGAUUCAGACAAAGAGGUUAAGAGGAUGAUAGUUUCGGUGGCAGAAUUGGCUUUUCAAUGUUUGCAAAUGGACAAGGAAUGGAGACCUUCCAUGAAUGAGGUUUUGAAGGUGCUGAUGAGAAUUGGAAGUGGGAAGGAUAAACCUGAGCAUCUAGAGGAAGUAGAUUUACGUCCACCAUCUCCACCUUCACCAGAUUGUGAUGAGAUUGGAUUAUUGAAAAAAAUUAUGCUCACGCCUUCACCAAAAGCCGUGACUGAUAGAUGGGAUAGUGAAUCUACUACACCAAAUGUCAGUGGUUCAUAGCAUAGCCUUGCACUGAGAAUCAUUUAAUUACCGUUGUUACAUCUUUUACAUUUUUUGUUUGUUAGUAUUCUGUUGUAACCACCUAGACUAUAUAUAUAUAUUG